UUAAAAAGUAGACUACGGAACCAUUAAGCUAACCGACCCAAGUAGAAAGAGAUGAUUUCCACCGGAAUCCUUCCAACUCCUGCUUUUACAAAUCUGUGAUUGGCUCCGGAGUUUAUCCUACCUUUCAGAAAUUGAAUCGCUUGACCUAAAAUAUUUGGUGAAUCGCAAAAUUUAGCAGAUAUGGGAGGUCAUGGAGGUCUUAACAUUCUCCCGCAAAAGAGGUGGAACGUGUACAACUACGAGAACAGAGAGAAAGUCCGCCGAGAUGAAGAAGCCGCCGCAAAAGAGGAGCAGUUAAAACGUGAACAGGCGAGAAAGCGCGAUGCUGAGUUUCGCCUUGAGCGGCUUCGGACUGGGCGCGGUUUGGCUCCGCUAAUUAAACAUGAAGAGGAGAACCGAACAUCGGAGCCCGAUGAGGAAUCAGAGCCCAAGUCCAACCACAUUAAUCUGUUUGAAGGGAUUCGGAUUUUUGACCCAAUUAAGGGGUUGGAGAAUGAGAAAGAAGAGCCUAAGAAGAAGAAGAUUAAGAAAGAGGAGGUUAGGAUUGUUACUAAAGAGGACGAGAAGUAUAGGUUGGGUUACGGGAUUGCAGGAAAAGGAGUUAAAUUGCCUUGGUAUCUCGAGAAACGGAGUGAUGAUGUGAAAGAAGAGAGGGAUCAAGAGGUGAAAGGGAAGGAGGGAGUGAAGAAGAGUGGCAAGAAGACAUUGGAAGAGCUAAGAGAGGAAAGAUUGAAAAGGGAGAAGCAGGAGAAAGAGAGGGAAAGGGCAUUGUUGGAUAAGAGGCAGAGAGAUAGAAGAGCUGGUCCAAAGACUGGAAUGCAAUUUUCAAGGAAGUGAGUUUAUUUGAUUUUUUUUUCCAUAAUUUUCGAUUGUUUUAUGAACAUAUUUUGUUGGUUGAUAAAACAGUGUUUGGUGUUACCUUAUAAUUUUAGAUUAGAAUGUAGAGCUUUAAGUUGUGUCAUAUACUGGGAAAGCCCGGUUGAUGAAUCUUUGGGAAUCCUUAGCUUGAUUGAUCGAUUUUGCAAAGGAGUUCUAUGGAUGCACUUUUUACUGUUGUAUUUCAAUUAGUAUUAUGCUUUGACUGGGAAAAAUGGGAAGAAUAGAGUUGAGAAAGUUCUAGCGGUUUUUACAAUUUUCCCUGGUCAGAUUUCCUUUGAUGAAUCACAGAUAAUGUUAGAUAUCUUUUUUAAAUAUAUGAAUCAGUUUUUGAAUUGAUUA